AUGGCGGCCUUGCUGCGGCGGAAUGCCAUCCUGCGGCUGCAGGGGUCGCUGGCGCGGCUCGGCUCCACAGCCAGCUCGACUCAGCAGGCGCUGGUGAUUCCAGCGGAGGUGGCCCUGCUGGUCAGCCAGAGGGGUCCUGGCUUGGCGGUGAUGCCGCCCGACGUGGUUGCCGCCGUCGACCAAGCAGCAGCGGACGCCAACCGCAAGGCCGUGAAGCGGCGGGGUCAGGAGCUCAGCUACCGCCUGCGACACAUGUCGCGCAGCAAGCACCGUGGCGGCGUGCACCCCAACCUGUCGCAGCAGGCGGCGGCGGGCGAGGAGGACGAGGCGGCGACGGCGGCGCGGCGGCGCAGCCGCGGCAAGCGGCGCCAGAGCCGUCACCAGGUGCUGGAGCAGCUGACGCGGUCUGCGGCGCUGCCUGUGGAUGUGGAGGCCCGCAAGGCACCCGGGCUGGCGCAGCUGCUGGCGCCGCUGCAGGAUGUGGUGAAUGCGGAGGAGGCGGCGCAGGCGGCGGCGGAGCGGCAGGCGCUCGCUGCGCGCAGCAGCAUCGCCGACGGCGGCUCCCUCUACGACGCCCCUGCAGCCCUGGCCUAUGCCGCCAGCCGCAUGCCCGCCUGCUACGCCGCGCUGGAGGCGGCGCUGGGUGAGGUGGCGGCACGGCGGCCAGGCUGGCGCCCGGCUGGCAUGCUGGACUUUGGGGCGGGCCCCGCCACCGCCGUCUGGGCCGCGCAGCAGGUCUGGCGGCAGCAGCCACUGGAUGCCCUGGCGGUGGAGCCUGCGGCAGCCAUGUCCUGGCUGGGGCAUGAGAUCCAGCAGCGCCAGCACAAGCAGUACGAGGCAGCGGUGCAGCAGGCGGCGACGGCGGCGCACGAUGCUGCUGGCGGCAGCAGUGAGGGGGGCCUGCACGAGCAGCAGCUGGGGCCUGCAGGGCCUGCCGAGGCAGCCGUGCCAGCAGCAGCGGGGAGGGAAGAGGAGGAUGCGGAGGGGCUGUCCGCGCCGCCGCCGCGGCUGCGGUGGAUGCACAAGCUGCCGCCGCGGUACCGGGCGGCCCAGGGCCGGCGGCGGCUGGUGGAAGAGCUCUGGGAGCGCACCGCGGCCGGGGGCGUGCUGGUGCUGGUGGAGCCGGGCACUCCUUCCGGGGCGGCGCACAUCCAGAGGGCGCGCACGCAGCUGCUGAAGGCGGCGGCGCGGCGGCGGCAGCAGCAGCAGCAGCAGGCGGAGGGGGCCCCACCAGAGGCGGCGGCGCACCGCACCCAGCUGCAGCGCAAUGCCAAGGCCGCUGCCGGCAUCCAGCCCCGCACCUACCAGGAUGAGCGGUACAGCUACGUUGCCCUCGCCAAGGCGCCACGGCCGGCGGCGCACGAGGAGGCUGCGCAGCCGAUGGUCGCGGGCGCCUUCAUGCCUGACCUGUCUGACCCGCAGGAUGCGCUGGUUCUGCCGGAACGCCUGGCGCCCCGCAAGGUGCAAGCCGAUGCGGUUCCCAUCAAGCUGUACGAUGAAAGUGGGGUAGAGGAGGAUGAAGAGUCGGACGAUUGGUGGGCUGAGGAGGGGGAGGAGGAGGGGGAAGAUGCAGAGGGCCGCAGCAGCAACGACGAGGAUAGCAGCAGCAGCAGUAGCAGCAGCGAGGACAGCAGCAGCAGCAGCGACAGCAGCUCAGAGAGCAGCAGCGAGAGUGACACCGAAGCUGAGGGAGAGGGAGAGGAGGAGGUGCGGCUUGAGGAGCUGCCUGGCACCAGCCACACCACACCUCUGCUGAAGCAGCGGCUGGCAGCGGGCCUGGCGGCGGCGGCGGGCCGGCAGCAGCUGGAGGGCGUGGAUGAGGCCACCCGCCGCCUGCUGCUGGAGUCUGUGCUGCAGGGCGGAGACGACGAUGACGAUGACGGCGCCGGCGCUGAGCUGGCGGUGCGCCUGCAGCACGAGCUGGCGGCGGCGGCGGCGCAUCGGCGCCAGGCAGCUGUAGAGGCUGGCGCCAGCCGGGGUGCCGACAGCGGCAGGGCGGCGGCGCCGGUGCUGGCGCCUGUGUCGGAGGCCACUGCCGACCUGCUGAUGGCGGGAGAGAGCGUGGACUGGGCGCGGCAGGAGCCGGAGGCGGUGGCGGCGGCGCUGCGUGCCAGCGGUGGCUGGUCCCGGGUGAUCCGCACGCCACGCAAGCGUAGCGGGCACGUCGUGCUGGACAUCUGCAGCGCGGCCGCGGUCCAGGCCGCCCCUGGCGACGGCAGCGGCGCUGGCGGCGUGCAGCAGCAGCAGCAGCAGCAGCAGCAGCAGCCGCAGCAGGCGGGCGGGGUGCUGCUCCGGCAGGUGGUCUCCAAGGCGGCGGCGCAGCGCGACGCGGGCGGCACAGCCGCCUACCGCCUGGCGCGCCGCAUGCGCUGGGGCGACCUCUGGCCGCAGCACUACCAGCAGCGGUUCAGGGCGGAGGAGGCGCCGGCGGGGAGCAGCGUCUGA